GCGGCUGGGUGGCAGCAGGUCGGGAGCCCGCGGGAACCCAACAAACGUCGUCGGAGGCUCUACAGCCAACAGAGGCGGCAACCCCCACCCUCGCUCUGCUGACGAGCUCUCGGAUCCCUUGAGCUCACACUCCCGCCUCCAGUCCUGCUUGGUGUGGUGCAGCGGCGGCUGAGCGGUGCAGCCUAGGAGAGCAGGAGCCACCAAGAUGCCCAUCCUGGAAAAAGCCCCCCAUAAGAUGGCAGCAAAAACUCUCAGCAAUGAGGAGGAACCUGGGCUUCCCAAACUUCCAGUACCCCCACUGCAGCAGACCCUGGCCACUUACCUGCGUUGCAUGCAGCAUCUGGUGCCUAAGGAGCAGUUUAGGCAGAGCCAGGCCAUUGUGCAGCAGUUUGGGGCCCCUGGUGGCCUUGGCGAGACUCUGCAGCAGAAGCUACUGGAGCGGCAGGAGAAGACAGCUAACUGGGUGUCUGAAUACUGGCUGAAUGACAUGUAUCUCAAUAACCGCCUAGCGCUGCCUGUCAACUCCAGUCCAGCUGUGAUCUUUUCUCGACAACACUUCCAGGACACCAAUGACCAGCUAAGGUUUGCCGCCAACCUCAUCUCUGGAGUGCUGAACUACAAGGCCCUGCUGGACAGUCACUCCAUCCCCACUGACUGUGCCAAGGGCCAGCUGUCAGGGCAGCGGCUCUGUAUGAAGCAAUACUAUGCCCUCUUCUCCUCCUACCGCCUCCCUGGCCACACCCAGGACACACUGGUGUCCCAGAAGAGCAGUGUCAUGCCUGAGCCAGAGCAUAUCAUUGUGGCCUGCUGCAACCAGUUCUUUGUCUUGGAUGUUGUCAUUAAUUUCCGCCGUCUCAGUGAGGGGGAUCUGUUCACUCAGUUGAGAAAGAUAGUCAAAAUGGCUUCCAACGAGGAUGAACGCUUGCCUCCAAUCGGCCUGCUGACAUCAGACGAGAGGAGCCAGUGGGCUGAGGCCAGGACAGUCCUCAUGAAAGACUCCACCAAUCGGGACUCACUGGACAUGAUCGAGCGCUGCAUCUGUGUGGUGUGUCUGGAUGCCCCGGGAGGCUUGGAGCUCAACGACACCAACAGGGCACUCCAGCUCCUUCAUGGUGGAGGCUGCAGCAAGAAUGGGGCAAACCGUUGGUAUGACAAGUCCCUGCAGUUCGUGGUGGGCCAGGAUGGCACCUGUGGUGUGGUGUGUGAGCACUCCCCAUUUGAUGGCAUUGUCCUGGUACAGUGUGUGGAACAUCUGCUCAAGCACAUGAUGAGGAAUAGCAAGAAGCUAGUCCGAGCUGACUCCGUUACUGAGCUGCCAGCCCCCAGGAGGCUGAGGUGGAAAUGCUCCCCAGUAAUUCAAGGUUUCUUAGCCUCUUCAGCAGAAAAACUUCAACGAAUAGUGAAGAAUCUUGACUUCAUUGUUUACAAGUUUGACAACUAUGGGAAGACAUUCAUUAAGAAGCAGAAAAGCAGCCCCGAUGCCUUUAUUCAGGUGGCCCUCCAACUGGCCUUCUACAGGCUCCAUCUCAGACUCACACCCACCUAUGAGAGUGCAUCCAUUCGCCGGUUCCAGGAGGGACGGGUGGACAACAUUCGAUCAGCCACUCCAGAGGCACUGAGCUUUGUGAAAGCCAUCACUGACCACAAGGCUGCUCUGACAGAUUCAGAGAAGCUGCUGCUUCUGAAGGAUGCUAUCCGAGCCCAGACCGAGUACACAGUCAUGGCCAUAACAGGGAUGGCUAUUGACAACCACCUGCUGGGAUUGCGGGAGCUGGCCCGAGAAAUGUGCAAGGAGCUACCUGAGAUAUUCAUGGAUGAAACAUAUUUGAUGAGCAAUCAAUUUGUCCUCUCCACCAGCCAGGUACCCACAGCCAUGGAGAUGUUUUGCUGCUAUGGGCCAGUCGUGCCCGAAGGGUAUGGUGCCUGCUACAACCCCCAGCCUGAAAGCAUUCUUUUCUGCAUCUCAAGCUUCCACAGCUGCAAAGAAACCUCUUCUCCCAAGUUUGCAAAAGCUGUAGAAGAAAGCCUGACUGAAAUGAAAGACCUCUGCAGUCUGCCUCAGUCUGCUGCAGGCAAGCCACUGGUGACAAAAGAAAAGGCAACAAGGCCCAGCCAGUGCCACCAACCUUGACUCCUACCACUGCAUAUCACCUCCCCAAAUCCAGCAUUCUGCAGCUGCCAGACCCUGCUGAACCCCUGCUUUCAACCCUCACCCUAGCUUUCUGCAGCUCCUCUGUCCCCAGGGCCAAACACACAGACCAAAGGGGGACAUCACACAAAGUUGAAUGUCUGGAAGAAACUGUCUCUCAUUAGGCAUGAAACUGUCAUUGGUUGUAGAGCUGCCUUCUGGCCUGUGCACUGAUAAAACUAGUGAUAAGAAAAUCAGACCAGCCUGGUUCAAAAGUGGCUGGGGUGAAUUGGGGAAAUGCACACUGACUUCCCUUCACCACCUUGGAAGCUUAAUGUUGGUAUUUGCUUCCCCGAGAGGACCUAGAAUGUCUAGGUCCCAUUUUUGGCCAACAGAAGAAUUAAUCACCUUAUUAAGUGCAAUGUACCUAAUGAAUCAUGAGGAAACAGUCUAACUCUAAGUCAUUACCUCUUUUCUUUUGGGGAGGAGUAGGGGGAUUCGUUUUUAGAUUCAAACAGUCUAAUCAUUCAAAGUGGCUUGUGCUGAACCAUACAGUUCUGUAAGCUCUUACUCACCUAUACACACAGAACCCAAGUUAAUUUAAUAUAUAGUGACCUGGACCCACAAAUGCAUUACACCUUUCACUUCCCAGGGACAGCUUUCAAUUGAACUCAUAAAAUCUGAUCUGGCUAUACUGGAAAGGGAAAAAAACUUGUCUGUCAUUGCUCUGGAGUACUUGCUGCUCCCUGCUUCCCCAGGGGCCUCAGGGACAAUCCCUGUUGAAUAAACAGUGUAGCCCAGGGCAAGCAGUGGAGAUGGAGGGAGGACCAGCAUACUUCCCCAAGGAACCUGCCACUUCUGUUUUUCUGGCUGCUUUCUUACUCCCUUUCACACAAAAAAGUGCCCAUAGGUGACCUGCCUUUUAGAGGAGAGGAGAGAGGGUUGCAUUGAGAGUUUUCUGUUGUUGUUGAUUUGUUUUAUUUACCUUUAAGAGAUGCCUUUAAGAAUACUGUUGUGAUGUUAAUUUCAGGAAAUGAUCUCAGUGGCCCAAGUAGGACAUCCUUGGACAGAUGGGUGUGUGUCUUUAUGUGAGGGAUGUUGUCCAGGGAUUAGAACUUAAACCUACAUGGAGGAGCCCAGAGCAGGACUCUCCUAUGGCCUUAGGGGCUGCAGAAUAGCUGGCCAGGAGGGAGUACAGCCACAUCCAGAGCCAACCCUGAUGGAGGGCAGACAGUCCACAGAGCCAUAGUUGGACUUGUCCUGAGAGGCUUUGAUCAUAGAAGAGAUCUUCCCACUGGGGCAUGUUUUUAUGGGAAACCUAAA